CCUCAUUCCGUAUUUGAUCGUCGCGCGCGCUAUCUCGAGACCUGCCAAUAGGGUGGCGGGUCGAAUGCGAUUCCAAAUUCAAAUAAUUUUCGUACGCGUAUCGUAAAUUAGUGAUUUGGAACUCGAGCAUUGUGAUUAAUAUUUUUAUUCUUUAAAAAAUAUUUGUGAUAGUGUGUGUGGAAUUAACGAGUAUUUCAAAAUGAACGGUGCCUCCUCAAGCUACAACAUGUCAAUCGUGGAUUCCUACAAAAAUUUUAUGGAGAGGAACAGUGAUCCUAGGACAGAGAACUGGUGGCUCAUGUCAGGACCCGGUCCUCUCCUCACACUCCUGGUGUCGUACCUGUACUUCUGCACGUCCGUUGGGCCGCGGUACAUGAGGGACCGGAAACCGUUCUGCUUGAAAAAUACCAUUAUUGCCUACAACAUAUCACAGAUACUCAUGAGCAUAUUCUUAGUAUAUGAGGGCUUAGUUUCGGGAUGGUGGAGCGACUACAAUUUUUCUUGUCAACCAGUGGAUUAUUCGGACGACCCAAAAGCCAAUCGGAUGGCUGCUGCAGUUUGGUGGUACUUUUUUGCAAAGAUCGUCGAGUUGCUGGACACAGUCUUCUUUGUUCUUCGAAAGAAGAAUAGACAGAUCUCAUUCCUUCAUCUCUACCAUCACACCAUGAUGCCUAUUUGCGCUUGGAUCGGCACCAAAUUCUUACCAGGUGGUCACGGUACAUUGCUAGGCGUUAUUAACUCUUUCAUCCACAUCAUCAUGUACACGUACUACUUGAUCUCGGGUCUUGGUCCGCAGUACCAAAAGUACAUUUGGUGGAAGAAGCAUCUUACCACCAUGCAAUUGAUCCAGUUUCUCAUAAUCUUUUACCAUAACUUCACCGUUAUGUUCUGUGAUUGCAACUACCCUAAAUUCAUCAACUUCUUGCUGUCUCUGAAUGCUGGCUUGUUCCUUUACAUGUUUGGAAAUUUCUACUACAGAAGUUACGUGAAGAGUGAUACUAAGAAAGUAGACAGGCCAAAUAACACGAUAGCCAAUGGAAAGUCAGUGGUAACAAAUGGUACCUCAUCUUUAGCCAGUGGUGUUGGUUCCACGAUAAUAGCCAACGGUAAAGCGAAAGAAUGCUAGUGAAUUGCUCAAGUUACUUAAUAAGAUUUUAAUUGUGAUACUGAUAUGACAUUUAACGUGAUAUAAAGAUGCAGGUGUGUGCUUGUGUUUAUAAGUAGAUGUAUUGACAUUCGUGUUUAAAUUAGCUUCAAGUAAAUGGUGUUCAAGACGGGUGGUUAUCUGGUCUUCUUAACUUUACUAUAAAUGAACCUGAUGUUGUCUUCAAUACUUUAAGGCUACUUGUGUACAUCAUUUCUGUUUCAUCAAGUCUAAGCAUUUGUUUUAGUUUAAUAUAAGCUUAACUAUUUUAUUUAUAUUUAUUAUAUAGUUUAACUACAACAUCUUGUACAAUUCUAUCUUAGUUAUCUGGUGUACGAAUUAAAAUAAUCAACGACAUGAUACUAUCAAAUAUUGCAUGUUUUUUUUCAUACUGUAUGAAUCGUCUGUCAAAACUACUAGCUUUUCACAAAAAUACACUAGAAUGCAUAGACCUUGGAUAAUUUGGCUAUAAACUGUUGUAAUAACUUUGAAAUAAAUAUAUGAAAUUAAAACGGAAAAAAAAUACAAAAUAUAUUUGACAUUUCAUACAAGUGGUCAAACACUUGAAUCAAAAUAUAAGAAUUAGAAAAUCAAUAUCGACUAUUCAGUUUCACUAACAUUGCUCGCUUUGUUUCCUCGGAAUAAUUUUGAUUAAAAUUAUGAUAAAAUUAUAACUUUAAAUGUUACAUAAAGUCAUAGAUAAUAGAUAAAGUCUUCAUUGCACUUAUUAAAAGAGAACACAAGAAAUAACAAAAACAAAAGAAAUAAGAAAGAAAGUUGUGAAACUGUCAUAUUUUAGCCAAAAUUAGUUGUUAUAUCUUGCAACAACAUUUUCUUUUUAAAUAUGAAGCCUGUAUGAACCUGGCUACUAAUUCUGACUAAAUACAUGGGACAGAUGAUGGUGAGAUGGGACAACAACGAUUUAAUGCGAUGCUAGUUUAGUACUUAUACAGUCUUUCGAUAUUAUUUCUUCAAAGAAGUUAAGGUAAAAUACAUAUCGAAAUUUGUAGAUACGCAAAGUAUGUAGAACUUUUUGGUUUACUCGAUGUUGAAUAGGUAACUUACAUUUUACAAAUCUACAUAUCUUGAUACGUCUGUUAUCUUUUCGUUAUCAUAAGAUAGUUUUAAGAUAUUUUAAGGGGACAAGUUAAAGUAUAAUAUAAAUACAGUUUAUUUGAAUUAA